AUGGCAGUCGGAAAGAUAGCACCUUUCGAUAUGGACAAAGAUUGUUGGGACUUAUACGUGGAGCGUUUGGAACAAUAUUUUAUAGCGAAUACAGUGAGUGAAUCGGUUAAAGUGGCUACUUUAAUUACGGUGGUAGGCAGGGACGCGUAUGAACUUAUGGUUAAUUUGUGUACGCCGGCCCGCCCGGCAACAAAGACUUUUGAUCAGUUGAAGGCCAUCAUGAAAUCGCACUUGCAACCUAAACCUAGUGUAUUAGCAGAAAGGUUCAAAUUCCGACAACGACGCCAAGCAAGUGAUGAAAGCAUAGCGGAGUAUGUCGCGGCGUUAAAAAAAAUGUCAAUGACUUGCAAUUUUGGCGCGGACUCAUUGCAAGACAAUUUAAGGGACCAAUUUGUUUGCGGUUUAUCGAAGGAUGUUAUACGACAGCGACUAUUCGCAGAGGAGGAAAUCACGUUCGAGAAAGCAUUCAAAUUAGCCGUAACGAUAGAUUCGGCCGAGACGGAAUCGGCGGUUAUGGAAAAGCGAGUAGACAACCAUGGAGGAAGUACGGGUGUCUACCAGGUGGCCUCGAGCUGGGGGCGAGGGAGCCACGGUAACGGUGGAGCCGCCGGGGGACGGAAGGUCACGGGGGCUACGCGAGGCGGGGCAGGCGCCGGGCGCGGCGCGAGCGGCCGCGGCGGACGACACGGGCCGGGCGCCGCGGGCGCCGGUCGGGGGCGCGGCGCGUACGGCAGCGCAGCUGGCUGCAAGACGUGCGGCGGCAGUCAUGACUCCAACACGUGCAAAUUUAAGGCGUACGUGUGUCGGGUGUGCAACCGAGAUGGACAUCUGAAGAGGAUGUGUCCGAGACUACGCGAGGAACAGCUGUUCGCGUUGUAUGACGGAGGCGCGGACGGGCAGGUGGCGUUUAAAGAAGUAUUUGAAGACGGUUUGGGGCGGUUCACGGGCGGCAAGGUCGGCUUCGCACUGCGCGAGGGGGCGCGUCCGGUGUUUCUGCGCGCGCGCCCGCUGCCGUACGCGCUGCGCGAGCCGGUGGAGCGCGCGCUCGAUCAGCUGGUGCGCGACGGCAUCAUCACGCCCGUGCCCACCUCCGACUGGGCCACGCCAGUCGUACCGGAUUCGUUGUUGAAAGAGGUGCACAGCGGACACAUGGGGAUAGUUAAGAUGAAGAGUAUCGCGCGGAGCAUUGUGUGGUGGCCGGGCAUCGAUGCGGCAAUUGAAAGCGUCUGUAAAGCGUGUACCGCGUGUACAGCAGAGAGUACGACGGCGGGAGAACCAGAACCGGUAACAAGCAAUUCGGAGUUAAGGGCCGCGGCCGUGAAUGCUCCACCGUUGCCGGUUGCACCGGCCGCGCCCCCUACAUUGCCGGUUCCCGUGGAGGGCCCCAAACCGAUCCGCAGUAGGAAACCCGUUAAAAGGUACGGGUUCGACUUCGAUUAG